AUGAAGAGAGCUUUCUCUUUUGCAACGGGUGAAGGAUUUUGUACUGCGAGUCAAUGCACACCGAAUACGCGUGACAACAAUGUGUUCAAGAAGUUGGUUUGCCGUCAUCCAGAUAACAUUCAUUAUAUCAAGGUAGAUGAGUUCGAGUAUCUCACGAACGUGAACGACGAGGAGCUUCAAGCAAUCGUGGUACAACAACCUGUGAUUGGGAUAUUGCGCAAUACUAAUGAUGAAUUCCUUGCUAUUGGAUCUGGAAUUUAUAGGUCACCAAGUGGAGAUGUGGAUGUUAAUUUCCACCAAGUCCUUAUAAUUGGAUAUGGAUAUGAUAAUGGUAAACCAUAUUGGAUUAUCCAAAACUCUUAUGGUGAAGGAUGGGGAAAUGGAGGCUUCGGAUACGUAUAUCGCCGAAUCAAAAGCGGUCAAGGGUCGGAGUUCUUUGCAGUUGCAUAUCCCAAGAUACGUGGUUUCCCAAGAAAACCAAGAUGA